GGGCAGGUGUAGCUGUUGUGUUUUUGAAAUUAAUUCUUUGGUUUUAAUAUUCUAUUAAAGGUCAAGUUUUGGUUCAAGUCACUAACAAAAUAACGAAACAAUGCCUCGGCUAAGCUGAAUCCAGUUUAGGAGACAUCACGUUAUUGGAAGAUAAAUGCCGUGCCAGAUAUUUAGAAUUUAUUGAUGAUGAUGGCGUUGUCCACGUCUUGGAUACCAAACCUCAUCAAAAAGUAAGAACGGAUUUAUUAUACGCACGAGCGAGAAAAGAUAAAGUGGAUUUUUAUCUUUAUACCAGGCAUAAUGACAUACCAGAAGAAAUACGUAUAGACAACUCGAGUACUCUCAAGAACUCGAGUUUUAACCCAAAUGUUACUACAAUCUUCGUAGUUCAUGGUUGGUGGGUCCUUUAAUUUGGGCCCAAAUCCCCUUAUCAUAAAUGCUUACUUAGAAAGCAUGGAUGUUAAUGCAAUAGCAGUAGACUGGAGUCAAGGUGCACGAAAUAUAGAUUAUUUCCAAUCAGUAGCAAAAGUCCCAGAUGUUGGAAAACGAAUAGCAAAUUUAAUUAAAUUUUUGAAUCAAGAGACGGGCGCUUCUUUCGAUAACAUGCAUUUGAUUGGUCAUAGCCUUGGAGCCCAUGUUGUUGGGAACGCUGGCCGUGAAGUAGAAAAUAUUACUGGAGCAAAAGUGGCCCGUGUAACAGGUUUAGAUCCAGCUGGUCCUCUUUGGUCUGAUAAUCCUAACAAAAUUGCAAAGACGGAUGCGAAAUAUGUAGAAGCUAUUCACACAAACGGUGGGCCGUUCGGUUUGGGUACCUUAAAAGAAUGGGGGGCUGCAAAUUUUUACCCAAACGGGGGCGUAAAUCAGCCUGGUUGUAAUUACCCGCCCUGCAGCCAUAGUAGAUCCUAUGAGUUGUUUGCUGCUACUGUGAAGCAUAACAAUCUGAUUGGACGAAAAUGUCCAGACAUUGAAGCCAUGCUGUUACAUAGCUGCAAUGGUGAAGUAGCUCCUUUGGGUAAUAGUGAUUUAACAAAAUCUGAAAACGGAGUAUAUCGAGUAGACACAGGAAGCAAGGAACCCUUCAACCUCGAAAAAGAUCUUUAACAAUAUUUUGCAGUCAAAAUAUUAUAUUUUAUUUUUCGUGAACUGUAGCAAUUUUCACCCAGCAUACAGUUAAAUUUAGCUGUCAACAUCACAGAUUUUUACUUUAUACUUUUACUUUACAAAUAGGCAGUAAUUAUAUUGAAGAUCAAACCAUCAUUCCCAAAAAAACAGAUAGAUAAAAAAUAAAUA